AUGGGCUUGAGAGACAUAGGAGCUUCACUACCUCCUGGUUUUCGUUUUUACCCAAGUGAUCAAGAAUUGGUUUGUCACUAUCUUUACAAAAAGAUCACAAAUCAACAAAUUCUUAACCAUUCUUUGCUUGAAAUUGAUCUUCACAUAUGUGAACCAUGGGAGCUUCCAGAGGUGGCAAAGCUGAAUGCAAAUGAAUGGUACUUUUUUAGCUUUAGAGACCGAAAAUAUGCAACUGGAUUUAGAACAAACAGAGCAACUAUAAGUGGUUAUUGGAAAGCAACUGGGAAAGAUCGUGUUGUGUUGGAUCCAAUGAGUGAAGAGGUUGUAGGGAUGAGGAAGACAUUGGUGUUCUAUAGGAAUAGAGCUCCAAAUGGAAUUAAGACAGGAUGGAUUAUGCAUGAGUUUAGGUUGGAGACACCACACAUGCCUCCUAAGGAGGACUGGGUAUUGUGUAGAGUCUUUCACAAAAGCAAAGAAGACAACAAUUCAAAAGUGAACCCACAAGAAUUCAUAUAUGAGACAACACCUCCAUCCCUAACUUUGGCGUCAUCAUCUCCAACAAAUUACCAAACCAUCCCUACUGGCUAUAACAGAAUUGAUUCUUUUUCUUCCUCCAUGACAACACUUCAUCAUUUUAAUCCAAACCAAAACAAUAACUCUUCCAUCAUCAAUAAUCUCCUUCAAUAUUCUCCUCAAACAAAUCAUCAUCAUAAUAAUAAUAAUAGUACCGUUACUCAAAUUAGCUCCAAAUGUGAUGAUGAAUAUGGAUUCUUGUGGAACAUGGAUUUGGAAGAAAAUAGCUUAGAAGAUGGCGUGGCUUCAAACUUGGACGCAAUCAGAUUCCAAGUUGAUAAUAAUAAUAAUAAUAAUAAUAACAAUAAUAAUACCUCUAAUAUUAAUAAUAAUAAUAUGGUUUUACUAUAA